UGUCUCUCUGAUUGUUUUCCACAGGCGACCGUAGCAGUUUUGUUUGGUUGUUUUCUUGUUCCAGAACAGAAAGAACGAAAUAAUUCAAUACAAGUGCUAGGCUAUCACCAAUAGUUCGGAGACACCAGCCAACCUUUAUUCAAAUAUAACGGGUGAACUGUUACCAAGAACUAAGGCUAGCAUCUUCAAGAAGUUUAGCCACUGAAAAAGUCUACAGGUAGCUAAUAUUAGCUAACGUUUCGAAAACACAAAGUGUGGUGUUUCAGAAUGCCAGUGCAAGGCUGUCAGGACAUGGCUACCAAGUUCAAGAGGAAAUGGAUGAUGCUCCACCAGAAGGAAGAGAGAGCCACCUCAGGACAGGAUGAUAGCCUUACUAGCCUGCAAUGGCUUCAAGGGUUUUCCAUUCCCAGUGCUAACCCAGAGAGUCUCCCUGGCUCCAGAUGUCACCCAGAGAACCUGCUGCACCAACAACUUCAAAGCACAGACUCCUCAGUCAGCCCCACUGCUGCCACUGGUGCUCCACAAGGCUCUGGUUAUCUGACAUCAUCCUCCAUCUCAGUCAGCCCAAGUGGCAACAGCUGUUCACCUCAGCAGGAGGAGACAAGUCAUGGCGAUCAUCACCACUUCACAGGGGCCACCAGCUUGAAUGUUGACUUCAAGACAAAUUCCAAAGUGAAACCUCCUUACUCUUACGCCACACUCAUUUGUAUGGCCAUGCAAGCCAGCAAGAAAGCCAAAUUGACCCUUUCAGCCAUUUACAAUUGGAUCACCGAGAACUUCUGCUAUUACAGGCACUCAGAGCCAAGUUGGCAGAAUUCCAUUCGCCACAAUCUCUCCCUCAACAAGUGUUUUAGGAAGGUGCCAAGGCAGAAAGAUGAACCAGGAAAAGGAGGGUUCUGGCAGAUCGAUCCUCAGUAUGCAGACAUGUUUGUCAAUGGCAUCUUCAGGCGCAAACGAAUAAAUACUUAUCAGACUCUCCCCAAACAGUAUGUCAGGAAACACAAGCAACGUAAUUCUGGCGACGGGCAGAACUGGGCUCAGAAGUCUCCACUUCUGGCGCAGCAGAUGAGGGCGCCUUCAGACGCUUGGGCCUCGGAUGCCUGUGACGAGGAAAGAACGAGGCAGACCUUUGACGACCUGGAACUGAGUGCCGCUCUGCACUCGCUGAGCAAAGAAAUGGAGGAUCUCCAGCCGGGCUGGCACAUUGCGGGCCGCGGGAACUGGUGUGUGGCUGGUUCAGAGCCCCUGCCCCCCAGGUUUGUGGAGGUGAGCGCAGUUGGCGGCACCACCGAGUGUCCAGGUGGUUACCCGCAGCAGAUUCACGGCGUGCACCUGUCCGUCACUCCCCCACAGUACUACGAGGAGCUCACCAUGUUCUCGGAUCAGCAGCCAUACGCCUGGGACUGCCUGCGGGAGGAGGUCCAAGCUGUGCCUGUGUCUGUGGAUAAUGGAGUCGGCGUCUGUGAUGGCUUCUUCUACGAGAUGCAGCCCUGGGACAGGAUGGAGCCUUACCUACAUGUGUAAACUUGAGCCAAUACCACCUUGGAGAGGCCUUUUUGGCACAGGUUUUUGCUUCAUUAAUUGGUUAAGAUACUCAACUAAUCAAUUAAGCAAUUAUCUAGUCAAUUAAUUGGUUAAUGCAUUAAUUAACUGAGCAAUAUGAAAAAGGAACUUAUGAAGUGUGUGAAAUUGGUGAUAUAUAGCCAUGUAUCCUCUUCAGGGAAACAUGAGAGAGCAUCAGAUGACUAUAUGACAGUGAAGAUUUGCAAAGUCCAUUGAGAACCAUUAAGUCCAAAAUUCUAGAUUUUGUGUUUUCAAGAGUGUUUAAAUUGUAUGGUUAGAAGUUUCAGGUUAACAUUUUUUUU